GUGGGAUGAGUUGGUACGUAGUGUCCUUAUUCCUUGUGUAUUCAUUCUGUGGAGUCGAAUCCGCCAGAUUCUACAAUGCGAGCAACAAGAAAAAUUCUACUGUCAGGCCGGAAGUUGUACUCCCUCAAGAUUAUAUCAAAGAAAUUCGACCGUCUGUGGCGAAAGGUGGUCCAGUGGUUGUCGACUUCAAUCUCUUCAUCGUAGACAUUAAUUCCAUAAACGUUGAGGAUAUGGAUUUUCGAGUGGACAUGUUUAUUCGGCAAAGUUGGAUGGAAUCCCGUCUCAAUAUACCGGAGGAUAUUUUCGAGGAAGGCGAUGAUUACGUCACCCUUCCACCGGAAUUUUUCGACAACCUUUGGCAGCCGGAUCCCUAUUUUCUAAAUUCCAAAAUUGCUGAAAUCGCCACCCUGACCCACAAAUUCUCAUCGGUAACCCUGUUCAGAAACAAAACAGUGAGAUACGCAGCUCGGAUGCAUGCAAUUGUUGCCUGUCAAAUGGAAUUUCAACUGUACCCCAUGGACAUACAAGUGUGUCCCAUAUACAUCGAGAGCUUCUCCUACAACAGUCAGAAGUUACGACUCCGUUGGGACGACGCAGGUGUCACGGUGAACCCGGAGCUGAAGCUCCUCCAGUAUGACUUUGGUAAACCGCGACUGUCGGAGGAGACGAACCACGUGCCGGAGAAGAAUGGGAAGUUCUCGAGACUCAUCGUCUUCUUCAAAUUCGAGAGACAAAUAGGGCACCACUUGAUUCAGACGUUUGCCCCGUCCACCCUGGUGGUGAUGCUGUCGUGGUUCAGCUUCUGGCUGGGGCUGGAUGCCAUACCAGGUCGGGUGACACUUCUCGUUACGAGUAUGCUGACCUUGGUUACGAUGUUCACUGGGUUAAAGACUGAUAUCCCACCGGUUGCUUACGUGAAAGCCCUAGAUUUAUGGAUGGCUGGAUGCAUGGUGUUCGUCUUCGCCUCGCUCAGUGAAUUCGUUGUGGUCAAGGUCCUGGACUUGAGGCGUCAACAGUCGGCGGAUACAACUGUUAAUUAUCAUCGUCAAUUGACAACUAGACUGGCCUCGAGUCCAUCGGUCUGGGAUUACGACUCUGUGUUCGCACCGCAGCCGAGGAAAACGAGAGCAGGCAGCAAACAUCUAUUGCAAACGGCUUGGCUCGAUCCGGAGAGCCUGGCGAGGCCGAAAAAAACAUUGUCACGAAAGAUUGAUGGAUACAGUCGAAUUAUCUUUCCAGCGCUAUUUUUAUUGUUUAUUAUUCUGUACUGGCCAAUGGUUCUUCUGAAAAAGAAAGUGCCGUGAAUUUUUGUUGAAUGACUCUUGAGUUUAUUCAAAAUGUGAAUAGCUCGUUGAAUUAUUGAUGACAUGAAAUAAUUUUUUUUCGGAGAACUCAAUUGAUGAAUUUGUUUCGGAGUUGUGACUAUGUUUGAAGGAAACAAAAGUGUUCAUUCAACUUUUUCGAAGAGAGUUCAUCCCGUUACUGAAUUGAAAAAUGUAUUAAAAUGAAGAUAUUAAAUAUUUCGGGACAUAAACUGAACGAAAUUGAAUUGAUUUUUAAAUCGUCGAUGGUUCAUUGAGAAGUAAUAAAUUGAUCGAAUUCAAUAAUAAUCAAAUACUGAAUUGAGGGUCUUACUAUUUUUCUCUAAUUUUAUUCUGCAAUUUGGCUCUUCUGAAAAAGAAAGGCCCCUGAAUUUUUGUUGAAUGACUUUUGAGUUUGUUGAAAAUGUGAAUAGCUCGUUGAAUUAUUGAUGACAUGAAAUAAUUUUUUUUCGGAGAACUCAAUGUGUUCUCAUUGUGUUGUGAACAAAAGUGUUCAUUCAACUUUUUCGAAGAGAAUUCAUCCCGUUACUGAAUUGAAAAAUGUAUUAAAAUGAAGAUAUUAAAUAUUUCGGGACACAAACUGAA